CUCACGACAUAAGUCGGUGGUGGAGGCAACAAGUGGGAACUGAGAAAGGGUUAGGGCUCUCUGUUCUUCUGUUAGGUGCGCAACUCAACCAGUCGACCCAAAUCGGAAUCGGAAUCGAAUCCAACCGAAACCGGUCGAAGAUGUGGCACGAAGCAAGGAGGUCGGAGCGGAAGGUCCACGACAUGAUGGACGCCGCUCGAAAGCGAGCUCAACGACGUGCCGUUUUCCUGGCCAAGCGCCGCGGCGACCCGCAGCAAUCGAUCCAGGUCGUCGGCUCCCGCUGCCGUUUGUACCGCGACGACGGCCUCUACCAAGCCUCCGAGGACCAGCAAGGCUUGAUUCCUUGGAACGGGAAACAGGACGUUUUGAUUGAUAGAUUUGAUGGGCGUGCUCUUCUCGAUUUUAUUCGAGAGUCCCGGCACUUACGUGCUCAAGAAAAAUCGGAAGAAGAGGAAGAAUUAGAAGAGUUUGUUAAUUUUGAGCGUUAUCGGGAUUUAAUUAAGCAUCGUCGUAGAGGAUUUACAGAUGAAGAGGGUUUGCAACAUGUGAAUGAAGAAAUAGAGACAAGGGUUACUGCUCCAUUUGCUCCUGAGAGGUCUCAGAUGCAACAACCUUCUGCCGUUAAAGGUUCUUAUUCACAGGUGGGGUUCUCUUAUGAAGGGGAUGGAAAAGAGGAGGCUCAGUUUUCAGACCCUGAUGAUAACGAUGAAGAUGAAGAAGAAGAUGAGGAUGAGGAUGAUUUCAACAGUGAUGAUAGCAGUGAUGAAGGAAUGGAUAAAAUAGCAAAAGAAUUUGGAAUAAAAAGGUAUGGUUGGCUUGUAUACAUGGAUAAGAAAGCUAAGGAGGAGGAGAAAAGGCAAAAGGAAGUGAUCAAAGGCGAUCCUGCAAUUAGGAAGAUGAGUCGCAAGGAAAGAAGGAAGGCUUCUCAGAUAGAAAGGGAGAGGGAAAGAGAAGCUGCACGGGUAACUGGAACUCAGGUGCUCCACCAUGAUCCGUACCGUGAAUCUAGACGAAGUCCAACAUAUGAAGCUUAUCCUCGCUCAAGAAGAUCAAGAUCGCGAUCAUACUCACCAUCAUACUCACGGAGAUAUCCUCGUGGACGACAUUCUGAUGAAGCUCAUCGAAGCAAACCAGCAACUUCUAAAAUAGAAUAUAUUACUGAAUUUGGGGGCUCCGGAGAUAAGGAUGAAUCAAAGCGUGCAGGAUUUUCUCCACCGUCAUCUCCUCCCUCACAGGCCGAUGUGUUAAACCGGCCUUCAACUGGUCUCAUACUUGAGGCUCUGCAUGUUGAUCCUGCAUCCGGUGCAUCCCUUGAGAAGGAUAAGGGCACUAAAGUGGUGAAACCACCAGCAAGCACAUCCUCAGCGUUAGCAAAGUUAACCAAGGGAAGUACUUCUGGUGGGCCAUUGAAACAGCAACCAGUGGAGAAGAAAGAAACUCCUCAAGAACGACUUAAAAGGAUUAUGAGCAGGCAGCUGAACAAACAAAUUAAGAAAGAUACUGCUGCUGAAAUUGCUAAAAAGAGAGAGCAGGAGCGCCAGAGGCUGGAAAAACUUGCAGAAACAAGCCGAUUAAGUAGAUCUAGGCGUCGUAGUCGCAGCAGGAGCUAUAGCCGCUCUCCUCCACGAAGAUACCGAGAUAGUAGAAGUCGGAGUAGAAGCAAGAGUUCCCGAAGACAUUAUUCUCGAUCUCGGUCUCGGUCUCGUUCCCGCUCCCGAACACGUAAUCAUUCACGCACGUACUCCCGCUCACCAAGGGUACGAAGCCGAACAAGACAUUGAUGGAUAUUGAAUUGACGCAAGGUGAUCAGAGUACUUCAAAUACUUGGAUUGGAGUAUUUUUGUACUUUUAGAAAGGUAGAGCACUGGUUACUAUUGAAAUUCAUAGGUUUCAUUCCGAGUUAUGCAAACCUUGUUGUAUAUGAGUAUAUAAUAAAUGGAUACUAUGAUUUAUGUUUGUUUCUGUCAGACUAGUGACUCUUUUGCUACUAUAUAAUAUGACAUAAAACCUUUCUUAAAA